CUCUGGCAGGGCUUGCUAGGGCGGGCGGGCGAUCGUAGGGCGCUCCGCCGGGGAGGGGGCGCUGCGCCGGGAGGGGGCGGGCGUCGUCCCCCCGGGAAGCUGCAGACCCCGGCUCCCGCAAAGGAGCGCCGCGCCGGGCUUCGCUGUUCCACGCGGCUCCAGCGGGGAUGGAGGACUCGGUGGCGGUGGCUGCUUCUGAGGCGGCGGCGACCGAAGAGCGGCUCUAACGAGGGGACAGCGGGAUUAGAGUUCUCCAGAAUCCACGUCAUAUAUAUAGCCCCUGAGGUGGAAUGGUGAUGUCUCCAUGAGGGAACCUCCUCUCAGUCAUCCUGUCCUGUACAUCAACUGUUCUUGACUGGGCCGUUCAUCUAAGAUAGGAUUGACCCUGUGAAACAGGGAGAAGACCUAUGGACUCCAAGCGUCAUCUCAAGUUAUAGUUUUUUUUUUUUUUUUUUUUUUUUUUUUUUUUGAAAGCACAGACAUACAUGCAGAGCGCUUGUGCUUUGGACCCUCUGCUGUAUUAGAGCUGCUGUGCUGCUUCUGAUCCAGAGCUGUUCCAGUCUAUUGGAACACCAUGGCUUCAGUUUGUAAGCGACUGCAGCGUGUGGGAAAACACGCAUCCAAGUUCCAGUUCGUGGCCUCCUACCAGGAGCUGAUGGUUGAAUGUACGAAGAAAUGGCAACCAGAUAAACUGGUGGUUGUUUGGACAAGAAGAAGCCGAAGGAAGUCUUCCAAGGCACACAGCUGGCAACCUGGAAUAAAAAAUCCAUAUCGUGGUGUUGUUGUUUGGCCUGUUCCUGAAAACAUCGAAAUCACGGUGACUCUGUUCAAGGAUCCUCAUGCAGAAGAAUUUGAAGACAAAGAGUGGACAUUUGUCAUUGAGAAUGAAUCCCCUUCUGGUCGGAGGAAAGCUCUUGCCACCAGCAACAUUAAUAUGAAGCAGUAUGCAAGCCCCAUGCCAACCCAGACCGAUGUCAAGUUAAAGCUGAAGCCGCUGUCUAAGAAAGUCGUGUCUGCCACCCUCCAGUUCUCUUUGUCCUGUAUCUUCCUUCGGGAAGGAAAAGCAACGGAUGAAGAUAUGCAGAGCUUGGCUAGUUUGAUGAGUAUGAAGCAGGCUGACAUUGGCAAUUUAGAUGAUUUCGAAGAAGAUAAUGAGGAUGAUGACGAGAACCGAGUGAACCAAGAGGAGAAGGCAGCAAAAAUUACAGAGAUUGUAAACCAGUUGAAUGCUCUGAGCAGCUUAGAUGAAGAUCACGACGACUGCGUAAAGCAAGCAGCUAUGCCCUCAGCUAAAUCAGCCAGUUCCUCUGAAGAACUUAUAAACACACUUAACUUUUUGGAUGAAGCACAAAAGGACUUGGCCACUGUGAAUACAAAUCCAUUUGAUGAACCUGAUGUAACAGAAUUAAAUCCAUUUGGAGAUCCAGACUCAGAAGGUGUCCAGACUCCACAGCACCUGACCCCACUUGAUGAACCAGAGACGUUUGUAAUGAUAAAGGAUUCCCCACCCCAGUCAACACGCAGAAGGAACCCGAGACCCGUGGACAUGAGCAAGUACCUCUAUGCUGAUAGUUCCAAGAGUGAGGAGGAGCUGGACGAAUCAAAUCCUUUUUAUGAGCCUAAGCCAACUUCUCCAAAUAAUUUGGUCAAUACAGUUCAAGAAGGAGAAACUGAACGGAGAGCGAAAAGAAGGGCCCCGGCCCCUCCAGUUCCUCCAGCCCCACCAGCUCUGCCAGCCCUCGCACCCAAGACAAAUGAAAGCACAGUUGUCUCUGCAGGGAAAGAUCUCUCCACUUCUCCGAAGCCAAGCCCGAUACCAAGUCCUGUUCUGGGGCAAAAGCCAAAUGCUAGUCAGUCGCUGCUUGCCUGGUGCAAAGAAGUGACAAAAAACUACCGGGGUGUGAAAAUCACCAACUUUACCACAUCGUGGAGGAAUGGCUUAUCUUUUUGUGCAAUCUUACACCACUUCAGACCAGACUUAAUCGACUACAAGUCUCUGAACCCUCAAGACAUCAAAGAAAACAACAAAAAGGCUUACGAUGGAUUUGCCAGCAUUGGAAUUUCCCGCUUACUGGAACCUUCUGACAUGGUGUUAUUAGCAAUCCCGGACAAACUGACGGUUAUGACUUACCUCUAUCAAAUAAGGGCACAUUUUAGCGGUCAAGAACUGAACGUGGUUCAGAUAGAAGAAAACAGCAGUAAGAGCACCUAUAAAGUUGGCAAUUAUGAAACAGACACGAACAGUUCUGUGGAUCAAGAGAAAUUCUACGCGGAGCUCAGCGAUCUGAAGCCUGCAUCGCAGCAGCCUGCCAGUGGGGCCGUGGACCUCCUGUCGCAGGAUGACUCUGUGUUUGUUACUGACAGUGGGGUGGGGGAGUCAGAAAGUGAGCGCCAGACUCCAGAUGACCACCUUAGUCCAAGCACGGCUUCCCCUUACUGCCGCAGGACUAAAAGUGACACGGAGCCGCAAAAGUCCCAGCAGAGCUCCGGGAGGACGUCAGGGUCCGAUGACCCUGGGUUAAGUUCUAGUACUGAUUCAGCUCAAGCACUGAUUUUGUUAGGCAAGAAGAGACUACCAAAAGCUGAGGACUUAGAAUUAAGGGACUUAUAUGUCAGUGGCAAAAAGAAGGAUGUGUCUCCACCCUCAACCUAUGAGCAAAAGCUUCAGCCUGUAAAUCCCAGGAGUGACGUGGAACAAGAGAAAAUAGAGAAUUCCAGAUCUUUGGAAUGCAGAUUGGACGGCGAACUGGCUAUCCAAAAGCCAAGGUUAUCCCCCCCUUCCAAACUGGGAUAUUCAUAUAACAGAGACACAGACUUCACAAACAAACCGUGUGCUUCUCUGAGGCAGAUAGAGUCUGACCCAGAUGCAGACAAGAGCACUUUAAAUCAUGCAGACCACGCCAGUAAACCAGUCCAGCACCGAAUGUUGUCCAGACAAGAGGAGCUGAAAGAAAGAGCGAGAGUUCUGCUUGAGCAAGCAAGAAGAGAUGCUGCUUUCAAGGCGGGGAGCAAGCACGGCGGCAGCACAGCCCCUGCGCUCUGCAGCAGGCAGCUAAAUGAUCGCCAAGAUGAAGAGAGGCGUCGGCAGCUGAGAGAGAGGGCUCGUCAGCUAAUAGCAGAAGCUCGAUGUGGAGUGAAGAUGUCAGAACUUCCCAGCUAUGGUGAAAUGGCCGCAGAGAAGUUGAAAGAAAGGUCAAAGGCAUCUGGAGAUGAAAAUGAUAAUAUUGAGAUAGAUACUAACGAGGAGAGUCCUGAAGGCUUUGUGGUAGGAGGUGGAGAUGAACUUACUAAUAUAGAAAGUGACCUUGACACUCCCGAGCAAAAUAGUAAGUUGGUGGACUUGAGGCUGAAGAAGCUCUUAGAUGCCCAGCCACAGGUGGCAAACUCGCUCUCCAGUGCCGCACAGAAAGCUGCAACGGAUACCUCAGAGCAAGGAGAAAAGAAUGGCAUGGAAGAUCUCCACGAACGAUUACAGAAAGCAACAGAACGUUUCAGAAACCCUGUUGUGUUCAACAAGGAUUCCCCAGUCAGAAGGACUCAGCUCCAGUCUUUCAGUCAGUAUGUUGAGAACAGACCAGAGAUGAAAAGACAGAGAUCAAUACAGGAAGAUACAGAGAGAGGCGAUGAGGAGAAGGCAGUGAUAACCGAAGCUCAGAGGAAGCCAUCAGAAGAUGAAAAAGGGUUCAAAGACACCAGUCAGUAUGUUGUGGGGGAAUUGGCAGCACUGGAGAAUGAGCAGAAGCAAAUUGACACUCGUGCCGCGCUGGUGGAGAAACGCCUCCGCUAUCUCAUGGACACAGGAAGGAACACGGAAGAAGAGGAAGCUAUGAUGCAGGAAUGGUUCAUGCUCGUCAAUAAGAAAAAUGCCUUAAUAAGGAGGAUGAACCAGCUCUCCCUCCUGGAAAAAGAACAUGACUUAGAAAGAAGGUACGAGCUGCUGAACCGGGAGCUGCGGGCCAUGUUGGCCAUAGAAGACUGGCAGAAGACCGAGGCCCAGAAGCGACGGGAACAGCUCCUGCUGGAUGAACUAGUGGCCCUGGUGGACAAGCGAGACGCCCUUGUCAGGGACCUGGACGCCCAGGAGAAGCAGGCUGAAGAAGAAGACGAGCAUUUGGAGCGAACUCUGGAGCAAAACAAAGGCAAGAUGGCCAAGAAGGAGGAGAAGUGCACUCUUCAGUAGCCUUGGGCCAGACCUCUCCCUGCACUUCAGUCUUAGGUCCCCAGGCCAGAAACUGACUGGUUGAUUUAAAACUUUUUAACAUUUUGUUUGACUGGAUUGUACUUCUGGACACCCCCCCCCCCAUUUCCUACUCUCCAGAUAAUACACAGAGCUCCAAAUAGCUUUAAAGACUCUUUGUGAGUUAAUCAUGAAAUCAUUUUUGAAACCCUGUGAAGUAGAUUUGCACAGACACCCUGUGAAUGAUUGGUAAUGAA